AGACAUGACUUGUGCGACAAGAACUAGAUGCCUAGAUACUUAUUUCUCGAUAGGUACACGCUUAGUGUACCGCAUCAGAAGGUUGUUGCCCGUGAACUUCGAUCAUUUUUCCGGAUUUUUAAUAGGUAGUGAUUUUUUCCGCGCAGCUUACACGUUUGUUUGGCAUUAAUAAACAGUUUCGAUUCUAUCGUUUAAUUCAAUAACCGAUUCGUUUGAAAAUUGAUUUAGAUUUGUUGCAGUGUAGUUCUGUUUUUAAGUGCGGAUUUUUUCUUCUUCAGUAUGAACGUUAUACUGAUAUCAGCAUGCGUAAUUUUAAUUGCAAUUUUGAUGAGUUAUCUUCGCAAGUCGAAAAACAAGAGACUAAACGAACUACUUGCACAGUUCCCUUCGUAUCGCAAAUAUCCAUUGAUUGGAAAUGCAUACAUGCUGUUUGGUCCUUUGGAUGGUUUACUUUCAAGAUUCGAAAAUAUUAUGAAACAUGAUCGCGUCACGUUCUGGCUUGGGCCAGUACCAUGUUUAUUUUUGAAAAAAUACGACGAUAUUGCGGCUGUUUUCACCCAGAGCACAGAUCGUGAUUUUCUUGGAACAAUUGAUGAAUUUGUGGGUGUAUCGAUAAUGAAUGCACCACAUGAAGAAUGGAAGCUAUCUAAAAAAAUGGUAGCGCCUGCUUUCAGCUCGAAAAUGCUAACGAAAUAUGAGGAAACGUUCAAAAGUAAUGCUCUAGAGCUCAUCGAAAAGCUAAAACCAAUCGCAAACAGUGGUAAAGAAAUAGAUACUCGGAAACUGAUGUUGAGAGCAACUCUAGACGUACUUGUAGAAACUUUAUAUGGUGUUUCAACCAAAGCUGGUGGAAAAGUUGCAGAAGACUUUUGCGGAUAUUCACUCGACGCUGUUGAGCUCACGGUAAAACGUAUCCAAAUGCCUUGGCUUACGUUACAUUAUAUCAACAAGAUAUACUUAUGGAUGAUAGGUAAACCUAAUUGCGUUCAGAACUUUCGGCAGUAUCCGACAGUGGUAUUGAAAAAAAACAUUGAAGAUUACAAAAAUUCAAGGCAUAAUGAUGAUGCUCCGGAUGAAGAUGAUGAUGACAAAUCCAAAUCAUUGAUCGAUUCACUCGUCAGAUACAGCUUCAGAGAACCGAAUAUUUCAGAAACACGCAUAAGAGACGAAUUGUUAGGGGUGUUGGGAGCGGGAAUUCAAUCAUCACCACUGACUUCAAGUUUUAUAAUGCUGAUGCUAGCGAUGCAUCAAGAUAUUCAGCAAAAAGCAUACGAAGAAGUUUUGAAAUUUAAGAAUGCUGAUGGUACAUUAAACCAAAAUGAUAUUUUCCAUAAUAUGACAUACUUGGAACAAUGCAUCAAAGAAUCACUACGAAUGUAUAGCCCAGUAGCGAUAACUGACAGACGUCUUCAUAAGGAUGUGGUAUUGAAAGACAAUAAGGUAGUUCCAGCAAACACGUUAGUUGUGGCUCUCAUAGCUUUCGCGAAUUAUGAUCCUGAUUUAUACAAAAAUCCAGAAGUAUAUGAUCCCGAACAUUUUAACGAAGAAGCGGUAAGAACACGUCCUAAAACCAGCGAGCUGACCUUUGGAAUUGGAGGAAGAUCUUGCGUAGCUGGAAAGUACGCGAUGAUGUUCAACAAAACGCAAAUCGCUUACAUUUUGCUCAAUUAUCAUUUAUCAACCAGUGUCAAGGAAUUUACAAAAGAACACCUAUGUAUGGUACUCGCCAUCGAGAGUAAAAUCGGCUAUCCUAUCAAAUUUACAAGCAGACGAUAGAUUGAAUAGUGAAAAAAUGAAAAUUAUGCCUAUGAUGAAUAAUUUCUUUCAUGUUUUUGUUAAUUUUCAUAAUGCUAUUUAUAACGAAUUGUAGAUACAAUUUUAUAUCAGUGCAUGUGCACAAUAUUAUACUAAAAAAUGUAACGUUCGAGUAAAUUUUUCCCACCUCUU